CCUUUUUUCUAGUUCGGUGGUUCUGCGAGGAGAUCUGUAGUUAUGCCUCCAAAAAAGCCGAUAAAGAGUAAGGAUCAAAAGGCCAAAGCUGCGUCUGGUGGUGGAAAAGCCAAAAAGAAGAAAUGGUCAAAAGUUAAAGCUCGCGAUAAGCUGAACAACUUGGUAUUAUUCGACAAGGCUACCUACGACAAGCUUUACAAGGAAAUUCCUAGUUACAAACUUAUUACUCCAUCUGUCGUAUCAGAAAGACUGAAAAUACGUAUUUCAUUGGCUAAGCGUGCCUUGCAGGAAUUACAACAGAAAGGACUAAUCAAAGUUAUAGACAAACACCACGCACAAGUCAUUUACACUCGUGCAACUAAGGCAUCUUAGAAAUUAUGUUGUAUGCGAAACCAAUCUUGUAUAAUUUUUAAGGAAUCGAUGUUGUAGCUAUCGCUAAAGGAACUGAAUAAAAAAUAGAAGUUCUU